AUGGGUGGAUUCUACAACACCCCCAAGGUCGGUAACCUGUUGACAGUGUUUGACCCAAAGACAGCAGCGGUUAUGCAACGCAUAGAAGCAACGGAUGCCAACAAUAUGACGGGCGGGUCUGCGGUUUGGUCGACCCGACGGAAAACUUUGCUGUUGUUUGAGGGAUCCAGGGCGGUUGGGACAGGCGAAGUAAAAGGGAUUGUGCAGACUGCCGUUCGGGAGUAUGAUACGACUGUCGCGGAUGAUGGAUCAAAGGUCAUCUUAUUCGGAGGGGCGGCCGAUGCGAAUGUGAUCCUCAACACCAUCCACAUCCUCGACGUCGACUCUGCACAAUGGACUCAGGGUCAACCAGCACCCGCAGCUCGGACGCAGAUGGCAUGCGCCUACCACUCUGAACUCUUUAUUGCCUUUGGAGGAACUUCCAACCAAACCGCGGGUCUUUAUUCCAACCAGCCCAUUGUCUACGACGUCAGCAAGAACCAGUGGGUUGAGUACUAUAGCCCUUCUACUAACAGUACCGGUGCUGGUAUCGGUGCUGGUAUCGGUGCCGGUGAAGGCGGUAGUACUGAAAGUUCGCAGAAGAGUAACAUGGGAUUGAUUAUUGGUGCAAGUGUGGGGGUCGCUGUUGUUUGUGCCGUGGUUUUGGGGUAUAUGAUGCAGAAGCGGAGGAGGGUUCGGAAGGCUGUGGAGAGGGACGCUAGAACGGCUGCUUUGCUCUCGAAUGGAGAAGACCGUUACAGUGACCGCCGUCAGACGAUUCACAAGAAGGUUGCCGAGGCUAUCAACAACAACAGCAACAGCAACGACAACAACCGGGUCAUGGCAGCUGCUGAGCACUAUGCCGCUAAACAAACAGUUGGCGAGCCCCAAGCAUUGGGAUCUGUUGAAAUGGGACUACAGCAGUCCGAUAGAGUUCCCCGCAGCCCACAUUCGAAUCCUGACAAGAAGGACGAAUCUAAGACUUUGCUUGGAGGCAGCACUGUCGGCAGAGAUGGAGAUGGAUCAUUUACAGCAGCAGCGAGUGCCGGGAAGGCUAUAUCUUUUGUCAAGAGAGAAUCGCCAUCGUCAAUCUCGCCUACUUCAGCCCGGCGUUCACCACAUACUGCAAUUGGUGCUGUUUACUCUAAUUCGAGGUUGGAAGAUGUUGUCGUACCGACCGCCAAGUAA